AUGUCGAACUUAUCGGAAUCGACGAACUCGUCAAUGUCACUUCGCGCUGCCGCUCGGAUUUGUAAGUGUGGUGUUUCUCCAAAAUUGAAUACUUCAUGGACCCAACUAAACCUAAAUCAUAGGUUUUUUGCUUGCAAAAUCGGAAAGAAAAAUGGUGGAUGUGAUUAUUUCUGUUGGUAUGAUGAUGAGAUGGCUACUCAAGCAAAGAAAAUAAUUUGGGAUUUAUUAAGGAGAGUCAAAACUUUUGAAGAGGAGAAAGUUCGAGCAAAAAGAAGACUGAUCUUUUUGGCCGUUGUUGUUAUUAGUUUGGUUGUUUUAGGUGUUGUUGCUGUUGCACUUUUGUAA